AUGGAUGGCAAGCGCCUUGUUGGAAGUAGCAGCAGCGGAGGUGGUCUUGGUGGUGUUGGCAACAGUCCAAGAAAAAAAUCUGCAAGCAAGCCAGAAAGUGACGUCAUAAUGUCGGCAUCAAGUAGCGUAGCGUCAACGGCCGCGAAACUUCACAAUGUCGUUUUCGUGCUAGGACCACCUGGUUGCGGUAAGGGCACACAAUGUGCGCGAAUACAAAAGGUUCCUAGAUUUUGUCCUUUUCACACCCUCUCUUCGGCUCACACUGUCGUCUGCGCAUUGUCCGUCCGCUUUUCCGGCUCAUUGUCGUGUUUUGCGCUGAUGGUGAGCGGCCGCUUCCGAGUCUGCUCCGAUUCGUAA